AUGAGUGCAGGCGGCCAAGAUGCGAAGCUCUUUGCGAGAGUACCGCGCUUACAAUACCUCCGGUCUCCACAGGGCAAAGUAGCGGAGCUACGACUCGAACUCAAUAGCGGCGGCAAAAAAGACAAGAAUUUCUCAGCGAAAAAGACGGCCUUGAAGAAGAUCGUCGCGAAUAUGACAAUGAGCAAUAAUGAUAUGGUGGCACUAUUCCCAGAUAUCGUGGCUUGCAUGCACAUUUCGAGCCUGGAAAUCAAGAAGAUGUGCUUCUUAUACCUGGUCAAUUACGCUCGGAUAAAACCGGACGUUGCUCUGAAGGCACUGCCUAUCAUCGUCAAUGAUAUGGACGACAACAACCCCCUAGUGCGGGCCCUAGCUCUGCGAACCAUGUCGUAUAUCCACGUUCGGGAAUUCGUCGAAGCGACCGUUCCUCCCCUGAAGAAACUCCUGAAAGACUCGGACCCCUACGUUCGGAAAACAGCUGCUUUCUGCGUUGCGAAGUUGUACGACCACGAUAAACAUCUCGUGGAGUCUUCCGAUCUCAUCGAUCGACUGAAUACCAUGCUAAGGGAUGAGAAUCCAACAGUGGUUUCGAGUGCACUGGCGGGCCUGAUGGAUAUUUGGGAAAGGAGUGAAAGCAUCAAACUCACUAUAGACUAUGCGAGUGCAUCAAAGAUCGUCCAGAUCUUGCCCGACUGUUCAGAAUGGGGCCAAACAUAUAUCUUAGAGGCUAUGAUGAAUUACGUCCCACAAGACACGAGCGAAGCAGCGCUUCUUGCUGAGCGUAUUUCGCCUCGACUUUCGCAUUCAAAUUCCGCUGUCGUACUAACCUGCAUCCGCGUUAUCCUCUACCUCAUGAACUACAUAUCCGAUCAGAAAGUAAUAGCGUCUCUCUGUAAUAAGCUCUCUCCACCGCUCGUCACCCUUCUAUCAAAAGGACCCGAAAUCCAAUACCUCGCCCUCCGAAACGCUCUUCUGAUUUUACAACGAAGGCCGGAGGUGCUACGAAACGACAUCCGUGUUUUCUUCUGCAAAUAUAACGAUCCGAUUUACGUCAAGGUGACCAAGCUGGAACUCAUUUUCAUGCUUGCUACGGAACGUAACAUCAAAGAAGUAUUGACGGAAUUACGAGAAUACGCCACCGAAAUCGACGUCGACUUCGUCCGCAAAUCCGUGCGCGCCAUCGGCAAACUCGCCAUCAAAAUCGAGCCUGCCGCCCGCCUGUGCAUCAACACUCUUCUCGAGCUCGUCGCCACAAAAGUCUCCUACAUCGUGCAAGAAGCCACGGUCGUGAUCCGCAACAUCUUCCGCAAGUACCCCAACCAAUACGAGUCCAUCAUCAGCACGCUGUGUGAGAACCUCGACUCGCUCGACGAGCCUGAGGCCAAAGCCGCCAUGAUCUGGGUCAUCGGCCAGUACGCCGACCGCAUCGACAACUCGGACGUCCUCCUCGACGACUUCCUCUACAGCUUCGCCGACGAGCCGCAUGAGGUCCAGCUCGCCCUGCUCACCGCCACCGUCAAACUCUUCAUCCAGCGCCCCACAAAGGGCCAAGAGCUCGUCCCCAAGGUCCUCAAGUGGGCCACCGAGGAAACUGACAACCCGGACCUCCGCGACCGCGGCUACAUGUACUGGCGGCUGCUCUCCUCGUCGCCGGAGAUCGCCAAGCGCGUCGUCAUGGGCGACAAGCCCGCCAUCACGGCCGAGGAGAGCGAGAAGCUCGACCCCGCCACCCUCGAGGAAAUGUGCCUCAGCGUCGGCACCCUCGCCACCGUCUACCUGAAGCCCGUCAACCAGGUCUUCCGCUCCGCGCGCCCGCGCAAACUCAUCGAGAGCCCAGCGCUGCAGCGGCACACGCUGCCCACCGUGCGCGCCGCCAAGGCCGCGAGGGAGAAGGCGGCAGCGGAGCGUCCGGCUGUGGACACGUCGGCCCCUUUUAACGUAAACGGGAACGGGAACGGCAACGGCACCCCCGCGCCCCAGAACGGCAACGGGAAUUUAGCGGCCGCGGUCAGCGAGGCAGACAUGUAUUUUGCGAAUCUGAACGCAGGCCAGAUGCGCGAGAGCGCGUUUGGGGGAUCUCCGAUUGCGGGGAAUAGCGCGAGCAUGUACGUGGUGACGCAGAAUGCGCCGCAGGGGAUUGUGCAGAGUCCCGGUGGGGCAGGAGGUGGGAUGGGCGGGGAUGGGGGUGGGGAUUUGUUGUUGCUUUAG